AUGUAUAAAGAAACAAAGCAACAACGUAUUGCAAAAGAAUUCAAUAAUAUCUAUGAAAAUUUCUCUCAAUGGAAUUCACCUUUGUGUAAUCAUGCAUCCUAUCGUCAUGGACCACAUCAAAAAGUAAUUGCUAUUUCAGUUUAUGGAAAAGAAUCGAAAUUUAUCGAUAAUCCAAUGUAUUCGUGGAAAACAAAUAUUAUACCAUUUUUGGAAUCUCUUGUUAAUGAAAUUAAUACAUUACUUCCACAAUGGAUUCUUCGUGUUUAUAUCGAUUUUACUGGUAGUAAAAAAUCUCAACGAAAACUUCUAUGGAAAUUUUCGAAUGUUGAUAUUUGUGACAUGAAUAAUAUUCCUAUGUUUGGUUCAUCUUUACGUAAAUUCUUACCAGGUAGAAUGUGGCGAUUUUUACCAAUAUUUGAUCCAUAUGUUGAUUAUUUAUUGUCACGUGAUCUUGAUUCACCAAUAACUCAACGUGAAACAGAAACAAUCAAUAUGUGGCUAUCACAAGAACAAGAAAACAAUUUUUUCUAUAUUGCUCGUGAUAAUAUUCAACAUGGAGUGUUUAUAUUAGCUGGACUUUGGGGUGCAGCUUUGAUACGUGCUUCUGAUACUUUAAUUGAUAUUUUUAAACCGAUGCUAAUACCAUCAAUAGUACAGAAUUAUCACAAUAAAAGUGAUCAAACAUUUCUAAACGAUUAUGUUGGAGACCGUGUUAGAAAUAAUUCUCUAAUAUUUGAUAGUUAUCAUUGUGAAAAACUUGGUGGUCAACCAUUUCUUUCUCAACGACCAAUGAAUGGUUGUUAUCUUGGAUGUAUAAGACCAUGUUGUAACAAUGCAACAAAUGUUCCUGUUCGUGAAACUCAAAUACCUUGUCCGAUAAAAUGUAGACCGAACGAUCAUCUUGAUUGGAUUUAUUGUUAA